AUGGCUGACAUUCGAGUCUCAAUCGAUCGCGGGGGAACCUUCUGCGACGUGAUCGCGCAGGUCGAUGGCCGAGAGGAUAUCACGCUAAAGAUAUUGUCGGUUGACCCCUCCAACUACCGCGAUGCACCGACAGAAGCAAUUCGGCGCGUGCUUGAGAUUGUCGAGGGCAGGACGAUUCCAGUAGACGAGAAGUUGGACGGCACCAGAGUUGCCGCAUGUCGGGUAGGGACCACUGUUGCCACCAACGCCCUGCUGGAGCAUAAGGGCGUCAAGUUUGCCUUUGUGACGACAAAAGGCUUCAAAGAUAUCUGUGUCAUCGGUGACCAGUCUCGCCCGAGGCUAUUCGAUCUCAAUGUCAGGAAGCCAAAGGCUCUGCAUGACGCGGUCGUUGAGGUCGAUGAAAGGGUCACUAUCGAGGACUACGACCUGAAUCCCCACAAAAGCAAUCAGGGCACGGAGCUCUCUGAUGACCCGGACCUCCUAAGCACCCCCAGCGGAGAGAUAAUCCGAAUCCUGAAACGGGUAGACCAAGGUGUCGUUCGCCAGCAGCUUCAGGGCCUUCGGGAUCAGGGGUACGACUCAUUGGCAAUAUCCUUCAUGCAUGCGUACCUAUAUCCAGACCACGAACAAGCCGUCGCGGCCUUGGCUAGAGAGGUAGGGUUCAAAUACAUCACGACCUCCUCAGAGACAAGCCCAGUCGUCAAGCUGCUCAACCGUAGUAACUCUACAUGUUCUGAGGCGUACCUUUACCCGGUUAUUCGUCAAUACGUGGAGAAUUUCGAGUCAGGCUUCAAGGUCCUCCCGCAGAGGGUUGAGUUUAUGUGCUCCGAUGGUGGCUUGAAGCAGGCACAAAAAUUCAAGGGCAACGAGGCGCUCCUGAGCGGGCCUGCAGGCGGUGUUGUUGGCAUUGCGCGUUCGUGCUUUGAUGAGGACGAGCGUACCCCUAUUAUUGGGUUUGACAUGGGCGGCACAAGCACCGACGUAUCGAGAUUCGACGGCAAAUACGACCACCUAACCGAAACUACCAUUGCCGGAAGAACAAUAGCUGUUCCCAUGCUUAAUAUCUCUACAGUUGCUGCUGGUGGUGGCUCAAUUCUCUUUGCGCGGAGUGGUCUCCUUGUGGUUGGACCUGAGAGCGCUGGCGCUCACCCCGGUCCGGCUUGCUACAGAAAGGGAGGCCCGCUCACUGUCACAGAUGCCAAUCUCUUCCUUGGGCGAUUGGUCGUGGCGUCUUUUCCGUCCAUCUUCGGCCAAAACGCAGACGAAGCCCUUGAUCAAGAGAUUGUCGUUGAAAGGUUCAAGGAAAUCACAGCAGAGUUCAAUAGGCAAACCUCGCAGAACCUCACCCCGGAGGAUGUCGCUUCAGGUUUCUUGAAUGUGGCCAACGAGGCGAUGAGUCGACCUAUACGUAACAUCACAGGCAACUCAGAGGCUCGAGGCUUCGCCCCGGAGAAGCAUGACCUGGUCAGCUUUGGUGGCGCGGGCGGUCAACACGCCUGCUCGAUUGCUGAGAAACUUGGCGUCAAGAGAAUCCUCAUACAUAAGUGGUCUUCCCUGCUCUCAGCAUACGGAAUUUCCCAAGCAGAGUUACAGCAUGAGACGUACGAGCCGUUCGCAGGCAAAUUCACUAUGGAAGCGCUUGGCCAGAUCAGAAAACGCCUCGAGGUUUUAAAGCGGAAGGUCUCUGAGGAAUUACUGUCUCAAGGGGCACAGGAAAGUACUCUGCACUAUGAUGAAGCCUUGACACUACGAUACUUUGGUACCGACACUACCAUUACAAUCACGAAGCCUGCAGACGAAGACUAUGGCGCGGCUUUCAAGGCACACCACCUACGCGAGUUCGCCUUCAACCUCAACCGAGAUAUUGUCAUCGAUUCUGUGAAAGUGAGGGGUACUGGAAGCGCUGGAUCUUUAGCGAGAGAUGAGUCUGCUUUGAUGGAGUUGGCAUCGCUAAAAGCGUGUGAUACCGAUGCGUUGAAGCCCAAUAGCGACCAACGUGUCUUCGUUGAGGGUAAGUGGCACACAGUCGGUGUGUAUCGGCUGGAGGAGAUACCCAAAGGAACCGUUCUGGACGGCCCUGCCCUGGUCAUCGACAAGACACAGACGAUAUUCGUCGAGCCCAAGUUCAGAGGCUACGUGUUGUCAAACCAUGUGGUGCUGGAGAAGACCCAAUCAGAGACGAAAACGACCGAGAAGUCAAUGGCGGCGGACACGAUAAAUCCAAUUCAGCUUUCAGUCUUUGCUCAUCGCUUCAUGUCGAUAGCUGAGCAGAUGGGCAACACCUUGCAACGGACCUCGAUCUCAACAAGUAUCAAGGAGCGACUGGAUUUCUCGUGCGCCAUCUUCUCUCCAGACGGUAAACUGGUUGCCAAUGCCCCUCAUAUCCCGAUUCAUUUGGGAUCUAUGCAGUUUGCUAUACAGUACCAGCACCGGCUGUGGGAAGGGAAGCUGAAACCUGGCGAUGUCUUAUUAACUAACCAUCCGCAGUGCGGGGGUACGCAUUUGCCUGACUUGACAGUCGUUACGCCCGUCUUCUUCGACGAAAAGAUUGCGUUUUACGUUGCAUCGCGGGGCCACCACACUGACAUUGGAGGGAAAGGCAUCACGUCGAUGAUGCCCGAGAGCAAGGAGCUCUGGGAGGAGGGUAUCAACAUCAAAUCGAUGAAGAUCGUUAGUGGCGGAGAUUUCCUCGAGGAAGACGUCAGGGCAGCCUUCGACAAAGCGGGUAGCUUCCCAGGCUGCAGUGCGACGAGAAGAAUUGCCGAUAAUAUCAGUGAUCUAAAGGCCCAGAUCUCUUCCAAUCAACGAGGAAACAUUCUGCUACGGAAGCUGUGUGACGAAUUCACGCUGCCCGUGGUCCACACUUAUAUGCAUGGCAUCCAAGCCAACGCUGAAGUGGCUGUUAGGGACUUCUUCAAGAAGAUCGCUCUCGACCAUCCGGAGCCUCUGACCGCGGUGGAUUACUACGACGAUGGCACCCCAGUCAAGUUGAAAAUCACGAUCAAUCCAGAGACAGGGGGUGCUACGUACGACUUCUCUGGCACGGGUCCCCAAUCCUGGGGUAACUACAACUGUCCGAUCUCCAUCACUCACUCAGCCAUCAUCUACACGAUCCGGUGCUUGGUCAACGUCGAUAUUCCAUUGAACGAAGGCUGCCUAACUCCAGUAGAGAUCCGAGUACCAAAGGGCACGAUCCUGAACCCAUCGCCAGCUGUUGCUGUUUGCGGUUCUACCUUGGCUAGCCAGCGGGUCAUCGACACCAUUCUCCGGGCGUUCGGUCGCUGCGCCGCCAGCCAGGGAUGUGCGAACAGCUUUGGUUGGGGCAUGGGUGGGAAGGAUCCGGCCACUGGAGAAGUGAAAGCAGGUUGGAACUAUGGGGAGUCGCUGGGGGGUGGGGUUGGCGCCGGUCCGGGUUGGCACGGAGAGUCUGCAACCAACGUCCAUUCGACGAACACGCGCAACACCGACCCCGAAGUUAUCGAGAAGAGGACUGCAGUGCUUGUCCGGAAGUACGGAAUCUGGUGGAACAGCGGGGGACGUGGCAAAUGGAAUGGCGGGGAUGGUACGAUACGUGAGAUCGAGGCCAAAAUCCCGCUGAAGUUCAGUAUCCUCAGUGACCGAAGGGUAUAUCGCCCCUACGGCAUGGCUGGUGGCCAGCCCGGUAAGUGUGGACGUAACUACGCGUUCAAAUUCAAUGAAGAAGGUGUACUCGAGAGAAUCAACCUGGGCGGUAAGGCAGUCGUCAACUUGAACCCCGGGGAGAUCAUGCAAAUCAACACACCUGGAGGUGGAGGCUGGGGUACGCCGGAGGGUGAGGCGAAUGGGGUCCAUCGGGAGGAAGAGGAGCAGCUGUCUAUAUAG